AUGUCGGGGGGGACAUCUCCCCCCAUUAUCAGCACGCCCGGUCCGUCCCGCAAGGGACGCCAAGCGAUGGCGGGAAUUUUCGCCCAUCGCUCCCAACCCACCGGCCCGGAAAUGGACUCCGGAAAGGACGACCGGCCCAGGCCUUCGGUCGCGGCCCAGGGGACUCCGAGGAUUCGUCCAGAGGAAACUUCGUCUCCCCCGUUGACGGAUCGCUCUGGACCCCCUCGGCCGCGAAAGAAGGUCAGAUCCGAGUCCGACCGAAGCAUUUCCGAAGCCCAGGACAAACGACCCCGAAUUGGACCCUCGUCCAAAUCAAUAAAUGAAGCCGAAGAGGAUGAGGACAGCGAGGAGACUUCCUACGAGACAACGGACUCAGAAUAUGAGUCCGAUGUAACUCAUUCUUCUCGCUCCUCUUCUUCCUCGAGUAAGGAGUCCCCCCCCACUCGCAAGCCCAUUCCCAGACCGAGGAUGUGUGUCGAGACGGCCGUGGCUGCAGCAGCUAAGCAGCUGCGUACGCCUCCUCGGUCUCCCUCUCCUCCAAUCUCACCCAUUCCAACAAUCCCGCGCAGAGGUGCCCCCACUACAAGCUGCACAGUGGGCAACCUUGAAUCAACAAGGUACAUGGACCUCGAACAUUCCAAACCUACGACCGGUGCACCCGAGUCCCCGACCCCUUCAACUUCAUACGCUGCUAUGGCAGCCAAGCAAUUCGCUCCCACCAAAAAUACUCAAUGUAAUCCCCCUGCUCCAGGUAAGUCCGGUAACAGCGUGGUCCCCCGCCGCCAUCCCCCUAUUAUGGUCGAGGCGCUCCCCAAUUGGUCCCGCCAUAUGGCGGCCUUAAGGGAGCGCUUGGGGAGGGCCCCAUCUGUGCGUCCAUAUGGAACAGGGUUUCGAUUUCUGCCUGCGUCGGGAGAAGAAUAUAGGGUUGUCCAGGCCUAUCUCGUCGGGGUCUCCUCCACAGACAAUGCCAUUAAAUGGUAUUGUUACGCGUUGGAGGAGGAGAUCCCGGCGAGGGUGGCUAUUCGAGGACUGCCUGCCGACACCGACCCGACAGAAAUCGUUAACUCCCUGAAGGAGCUAGGGUUUCCGGCUCGCUACGCGCGGUGUAUACGGGCCAAGAGAGGGCGGCCAGGUUGCGUCUUUUACGUAACCUUGGACCACCUCUCGAAAGAUGACCUCGCCCGCUUGUACGCAGUUGAAGAACUGAUGUACUUGCCGGGGGUGUCAGUUGAGGGAUGGCGUUCGAGCCGAGGACCUGCGCAGUGUCAUCGCUGCCAGGCCUUCGGACACGCCUCCAGCAACUGCCACCGAGCGGUCCGCUGCGUACGAUGUGCGGGUGAGCACAUCGUGGCGGACUGCCCGAGGCCAAGGGAGGGACCCUUCACCUGUGCCAACUGCGGGAAGGGCCAUGCCGCUGUUGACAAGCGGUGUGUGGUCUACCGCAGGUGA